AUGGAGAAUGCUCUCGUCCGGAAACUUCUGAUGAUUUUACGGGCGACCAAGGCGUUCCUGGACGCGUUGAGCGAUGCGGGCGCCAGUUGCGUUUCGCGCGCAACCGCCAUUAAAUUCCUGUUGGCGCGAAAGUUCGACGUGGCGCGCGCGCACGCCCUCUGGCGGCAGCACGAGGCGACGCGGAGGCGCGAGGGGCUCACCAAGUUCGAGCCCUUCGAGGACCCCCUGAAGACGGAGCUCGCUACCGGCAAGUUCACUAUAUUGCCUACUCGGGACGCGACUGGGGCCGCGAUCGCAGUAUUCACGGCCAACAAACACUUUCCAACGCAGACCACGCAUCAGACGACGUUGCAGGGCGUGGUGUACCAGUUGGACGUGGCGCUGCAGUCGCUCGAGACGCAACGCGCCGGUCUCGUGUUCAUAUACGACAUGACCGACUCCAAGUACACCAACUUUGACUACGAACUGUCGCAGAAAAUUCUCACCAUGCUCAAGUGCGCCGCCGUUUCCAGCGUACAA